AUGGCGCGGACUUAUGCCGACUCUGGUCUGUCGCACCUGACAAACUCUCUGGCUUCUCCAAUCCAACUCGAGACCUCCAACAGCCGUUUAGAUGGAGUGCCCAAAGACCUUGAGACCUCGAUCCACUACGAGACCGCACGACUGCUCCAAGCAGCUGGUAUCCUUCUCCGGUUGCCACAGGAGUUGGUAGCACAAUCGAUCGUCGUCUUGUACCGGUUUUGGGUAGGCCCCGACGGAGGAAGUUUGGUCGAGCAUGACUCCACGGAACAGGACGUCGCCGCCGCAUCGCUCUAUUUGUGCGCAAAACCUUCAGCUCAUGCAAUCAGUCCCAGUCAGACAUUGACGGUCUUCCACUAUCUGAGCCGUAUCAGGCCAGAGUAUUCGACCACCGCCAAGCAGGAUAACCCAUCCGAAAACAUAGACUGGCAUCUAUCCGAGGGCGACCUGGAAAUAGCGCGAAACCGGCUGUACAAGGUCGAAUCAACCAUACUACGGGUUCUCGGCUUCCAGACACAUGUCGCUCUACCCUACAGUCUGUGUAUCAACUACCUGCAGACGCUCGAUGCUUCCAGCUCUACUGCCGGCUCCGCGGUCGCAAAACGAGCUUUCGCGCAUCUCAACGUCGCGCUGUUCAGCCCGCAGAUGCUGUAUCUCACAUACCAACCGUCUGCGAUCGCAACGGCAGCCAUCUACUUGGCGGCGAGAGAGACCGACAUCAGCCUGCCCGAGACAGAAUGGUGGGAGGUCUUCGACGUGGAUCGGGAGGACCUUGGCUUUCUGGUUGUGGCGUUGAGAAGUGUUGAGGGUUUCGCGGAAGAUGAGCAGCGUAAGUGGGGACAAAGAAAAGUUCCUUUGACGGUCGACGAACUGCGAGCUGAACUUGAGCGACGCACGAUGCUCGAGAAUGGAGAGUAG